AUGGCCGCGCGACUGGCUCGCGCUGGUCACAGCAGAGCAAUCACCAGCUCUCGAUGCAUGAAACCCUCUCUCACUCCUCGCCCGCUCUACUCGUCGCAGUCCAGAAGCUUCGUCAAGCUCACAGGCGCUUCGCCCUCCGUCACCAGGGGCUCCCCAGUAACCAGCCGAACCACCCGCCAAUUGCCCUCGCAGUUCUUCGUGCGCGCCCUCUCAGGAAAGCCUCUGCCUCAGGGAAAGUCGAAAAUUGUCAAUUUCUGCUAUCGUUUAGCUGCUUGGGUUGGUAUUUCGAUAUCAGUCCUUGGCGCCGGCGUCAUUGGCUUCUUUAUAUACGAUGCGAGCACAUACUAUGAGCAUCCCAACAUGAGCGAUAUCGAUGUUUCAAAGAUCGCUCUUCAGCCUCGUUAUGGUGGUGAAAAGAACCUGCCAAUUGCUGAAGUAUACAUCGACGAUGACGACACAGAAGAGAAGCGUCGUCUAAAGGAUAAACCCAGACUGGUUAUUCUUGGUGGUGGUUGGGGUGGUGUUGCCCUCCUCAAAGAGCUGAACCCAGAAGAUUACCAUGUUACUGUUAUCUCACCCACCAACUAUUUCCUUUUCACUCCGAUGCUUCCUUCAGCGACUGUUGGCACUCUGGAGUUGCGAUCGCUUGUUGAGCCCAUUCGACGAAUCUUGAGCAGGGUCAACGGCCACUUCAUUCGUGCCAAGGCCGACGAUAUCGAUUUCUCGCACAAGAUGGUUGAAGUAUCUCAGGUUGAUGCAAGUGGAAAGGAUAUUAAAUUCUAUGUUCCUUAUGACAAGCUUGUAGUUGCUGUCGGUUCAACAACCAACCCCCAUGGUGUCAAGGGUCUAGAGAAUGCCUUCUUCCUCAAGGAUAUCAACGAUGCGCGCAUGAUCCGAAACCAGGUCAUUCAGAAUUUCGAACUGGCCAACCUGCCUACUUGCCCUGACGAGGAACGUAGACGCCUCCUUUCGUUCUGUGUCAGCGGUGGUGGCCCUACAGGUGUUGAGUUCGCUGCUGAGCUAUUUGAUCUCCUUAACGAGGAUCUGACACGACACUUCCCUCGCCUUCUACGCAACGAGAUCUCUGUCCACCUCAUUCAGAGCCGUGGUCACAUUCUCAACACUUACGAUGAGACUGUUUCGAAAUACGCCGAGGAACGCUUUGCCCGUGAUCAGGUUGACGUCCUCACCAACUCUCGUGUUAAGGAAGUUCUCCCCGACAAGAUCAUCUUCACACAGAAGCAGGACGAUGGUCAAAUGAUCACCAAGGAGCUGCCUAUCGGCUUCUGCCUGUGGUCCACUGGUGUAUCGCAAACACAAUUCUGCCAGACCUUGGCUGCUAAGCUGGGCAAGUCUCAGACAAACCGACAUGCCCUGGAGACAGAUACUCACCUUCGUCUCAACGGCUCGCCCCUCGGUGAUGUAUACGCCAUCGGCGAUUGCUCCACAGUUCAGAACAAUGUUGCAGACCAUGUCGUCACUUUCCUUCGCUCCCUAGCCUGGAAACGUGGCAAGGACCCUGAGACGCUCCAGCUCAGCUUUGCCGACUGGCGAGCAGUUGCUGAGGACGUCAAAAAGCGAUUCCCUCAAUCUAUCAACCAUCUGAAGCGCGUCGAUAAGCUAUUCAAGGAGUUCGACAAGGACAAGUCCGGUACUCUCGACUUUGAUGAGUUGACACAACUGUUGAAGCAGGUUGACAACAAGCUCACAUCCUUGCCUGCAACUGCUCAGCGCGCGCAUCAGCAGGGACAAUACCUGGCUCGAAAGUUCAACCGCAUCUCACGCAUGCAUGAUGGUUUGGAUGCCAAUGACAUUCGCGAUGGCGAUGUCGAUGCUGCAGUUUACAAGGCUUUCGAAUACAAGCAUCUAGGCAGUCUCGCUUAUGUUGGUAACUCUGCUAUCUUUGAUCUCGGAGAAGGUCGAAGUCUUGCUGGUGGUCUCUGGGCAGUCUACGCUUGGCGCUCUGUUUACUUUGCUCAGAGCGUGAGUGUGCGAACACGACUAUUGAUGGCUAUGGAUUGGACCAAGCGCGGUCUCUUCGGACGAGACUUGAUGAGUUUCUAG